ACCAUUAUAAGCGCAAACUUUUCUGUGUGUAUUUGCAUCCAUUUCCAAGACUUUUAUUAUAAAAUCUAUUUCUGUAUGGAGAAACUGUUUUUAUAUGUUUACAAUUACAAGUGUGUGUUUGUGUGGUUUGAUGUAAUGAACUGUCAACGUGCGGAUAAGACAUUAAAUCAUAUGUGACCGACGUACACGUAAUUCCUCAAAACAAACCAGAAAACAAAUUAUUUAGGCAAAUCUGAAAAAUAAUUGCCAACAUAAAAAUCUAAAAUAAAAGCAAGGAGUGUUUUUGUUUUCAAAUAAUAUUAUAAUUGUUUUCAAUAUUGAAGUACACAAACAUGAACAUGGAUAUAAUACAAGAAUUGCGGGAAAUGGAUCCCCAAUCGCCUAGCACAAGUGACGUCACAGUUGUGUCUGCCACAACUUCAGCAAAAGCGGCUGCUGCAGCCACCUCUACAUGCUUUCACCGUAGCAACAGUACGCAUAUUAGUAGUCCUAGUGCAACUUUGACGUCUAAAGCAAGUAGCAGCAGUUUAACUAGUAACAUAACUAGAACUUAUUUUAAUACAACAACAAGCGUAGUUACACGUAAACACGGUGGUCUGGCCAUUGCUAUCAAACGACAGGAUAGUAUUGGUGCUUACGGUGGUAAUAAUAAUAAUAAUAACGGUGCAACUACUUUUCAUACGCCGCUAAGUUCCCGACAAUCUUCAUAUUCCAUACCCAACACGCCGAUCACACCAACAGUGCCUACACUUAGGCGUGGCCCAUCGGUACGAAUAAGCGAGGCGUCAACGGCGAUUUGUGUUGGGAACGACGAGAACGCGGCAAAUACUAGUGGGCGAGAGAAGCAAGAGCGAUCGUUGACGUGUUUGGAACGAUUUCGGGGUAGAGUUUUGAGAUUUCUUGCGAAAAUCAUGGGCAGUAGAACACCUAGUGAAGAUGGCUAUGAUUAUUAUGACUGGAAAUUAGGAAUUGAAUAA